AAUUUCGACCACACCAAGAUGGACGACGUCGAACUGCUGUUCUGGGGCCGAUACUACGGUGCCUACGAUGGCACUAACAUCACAGAUAACGAAGCGACGGAGGAGCUCCGGAAGCAUGCGAAGACGAUCCUCGACUAAUCGGUACCCAUGUUUGGACGUCAACCCAUGCCAGAAGGUGACGACAUUCAUUACGCGUCCAUCCCGAAUGCGAAGGUCGUCAUUCGUGUCUGGGGUGCAGGCAUGGAAACCUCUCACAUGUACAGCCUCGACUUCGUCGACAGAGAUACGUUGCAGCACAUCCGCCGUCCCCCCUCAUGCCAGCUCUACAGCAUUCAAUCACUGGACAGAUGGUGGCUGCCGCGUUUUCGCUGUGGGAAGGUUGAGAUGGCAGAAGGGUUGGAGAUGUAUCAGGUGUUCGAAGGGGACUCAUUCAUGCUGAGUGUGGAUACGGAUACGAAGGUGGAGCUCAAUAUUCCGGUUCGACCUUUACAUGUGAAGCCGGAUUGGCUUCUGGGCACCACCACCAUCGCUUUUAAACGCUCUGUAACAUAG